AUGGUGCACGCGACCCUGCUCCGGUCUCUACGACCACGACCAACCCCCCUCGCCCUCCGUCCUCUGCUCCGCCGACAUGUCCACCCGGGCCAAUAUCAACCCUUUGUACCACCAUCACCAAGUUCUUUAGGUAAACCCCAAGCAGCAAAGACCUACACCCGUACCCGCAAAUGGCUCCGGCGAUUGUUCUACACCUCCGUCACAGCGGGUGUGAUCUGGGGUAUCGAUAACCAAUUCUACGCCUCCUCCCUCACGCGAACCGCACGAACAUUCUCCCUCGGCCUCCUGGUCGCACUAGACUAUAAAAUUAACUUCACACCACACCCUCUCUUCGCAUAUUCUAUUGCAGCGGUGCAUGCUCGCAAUGCGGAGCGCUUAUCAGACCUCCUACGUCAUAAUGGGGGACUCUACUUGAAGAUGGGUCAGGCUAUUGCUAUGCAGUCUGCGAUCUUGCCGCCGGAGUUCCAGGCCAUGUUCUCGCGGAUGUUUGAUGAUGCGCCGCAGAAUGACUGGAAGGAUGUUGAGAAGGUUAUUCGGGAGGAUUUUGGCGCUUCCCCCGAAGAGGUCUUUGGAGUUUCGUUUUCUGGUGAAGCUGGGAAAGGUGUGAUGGAGCGGAAGGCUCGCGCAAGUGCCAGUGUUGCUCAGGUGCAUUGGGCUCGUUUACCGGAUGGAAGGGAGGUGGCGAUUAAAAUCCAAAAACGUGAGAUUGUCCAGCAGUUGGCUUGGGACCUAUGGGCUUUUAAGGUCGUGACAUACAUUUACAGCAAAAUGUUCGACAUUCCAUUCUACAGCUUAGUCCCAUAUAUCAGUGAGCGGUUGUCGCUUGAAACUGAUUUUGAGAAUGAAGCCACCAACUCUGAGACCAUGGCCCGGUUGGUCGCUGGCGAGCCUCGACUGCGUGAUCGGGUAUAUAUUCCGAAGGUAUAUCGCGAGCUGAGCUCAAGACGUGUCAUGACUGCAGAGUGGAUCGAGGGUGUACGACUAUGGGACAAGGACGCGAUCACGCGGUCCUGGCGCGGCGGUUGGAGACAAGGUAGUCCAGGAUGUCACGGAACUCCCAUGGACCAGCCGAAAACCGUCCCCAUGCCUCAAAACGUCGGAGCCGAAAAUCUCAAGCCUGAACGCAACUACUGGAAAGGUCAGAAUAACCGCGGUGGUCUAGGCCUGUCUCUGAAGGACGUCAUGACAACCAUGGUCGACCUUUUCUCCGCCCAGAUGUUCCUCUGGGGCUGGGUUCAUUGCGACCCACAUCCAGGCAAUAUCUUCAUUCGUCGCAAGCCAUCCGGAAAGCCGGAGCUGGUACUCAUCGACCACGGCCUCUACAUUCAUAUGGACCCAGACUUCCGACACCAGUACGCCCGAUUCUGGAAGGCUCUCUUGACCUUUGAUAACAAGACACUCGGUGAAAUCGCGAAGGGAUGGGGUAUCCAGAACUCAGACAUAUUUGCUUCUGCAACCCUGAUGCGUCCCUACCGUGGAGGCGACUUGUCAACACAGAACCACAUCCAAGGCCUCAGCAAAUCCGAGCUACAGCAACGCCACUAUGAAUUGCAGCAAGGAGCCCGCAAGGCGAUCCGCGAGAUUCUCGGUGAUGAACAAAAAUGGCCGCAGGAACUAAUCUUCAUCGGACGUAACCUGCGUAUCGUUCAGGGGAAUAAUCAAUUCCUUGGAUCGCCAGUGAACAGACUCAAGAUCACCGCGACAUGGGCCUCGCGAGCGCUUGUGGAAUCACCCGAUCUUCCGCUAUUGGAGAAAGUCCGCAACCUGGGUCAACACUUUAUGUUUCAUUUUGUACUCUUUACUAGCGAUGUAUUCUUCUAUUUCACCAAGGUUCGCCAGUUUCUUCAUCUGGGUGGUGGCAUGGAAGAUGAUAUCGAGGCGCAGAUGCAGGGCAUGGCUAAGGAAAUGGGUGUAGAGUUGAACCAUAGCGUGUUCGAGGGAUAG